UUUCCUCCAAUUGUGGAAGCUCUGGAUCAUGGUGGUGAUGCAUGAAGAAGACUUUAUCAUGUUAGGGUCUACCCCUCAUGUACCAUCACCAAGUCAUAAGUCCGAGUUCAUGACAUUGUAUGAAAUAUUCAUUAAAACGAUAGCUUGUAAGUAUUGGAUUUGGACGCAAACAAAGCAUUUAUUGACAUACUCGGAUCUCGCAGUAUACCGAAAGCUAAUCGAUCAAGUUAAAUCUCUUACAUAAAGCGAUAGUGUGUUUACUAUUUACCUAAGCAUUUCAUUAUGGCAACACAUUUACAUACUGAGGGCAGCUUAAGUCAGUCGAGUGGGCGUAAGAUCGGCAGAUAGAUAGCAAGAUUAUUUUAUCACUAUGUGAACGACCUUGCAAUCAUUAAAGACAUUGAAAGGGACGACGGUUUUGAAACACUGUUAAGGUCAUUGGGUACAAGUGAAACGGAAAGGAAUGAAGAUAUAAAAAGACAAUACAGUGGCAAAUUUGAAUGCUCCCAGCUCUUAUAGCAUCAACAAUUUGUCGUCAUGCAAUUUUAAUUAGAUAAAUAUUCGCCAAAAUAUUUCUAACUAGCGGUCAACCUCCAGCUAAGUUGUGGGACAUAUAUGUACACAUGAUAUGUGCUCCGAGUGUUCUAUCGCUUUGUCUUUGGAUCAAACAUACAUUGGAUUUCGACCGCUUGUUACACCGGCCAGGAUACGACGUACAUUGCAACGUCGGAAAUGAUGUAAACUCAAUGUCAAAGUUUUCUAGAUGAGUGUUCAAAGGUUUGACCAAUGAGGCUAUAUAUGGGAUAUGUACAUUAAACCACUGCAAUAUAUUAUAUUCAUAUUCUUAUGGUAUCCUGUUUUACGUAUGGCUAGUAAAGAAGUCGACACAACACACAUUAUGGACACUGAAACAUUGGACGAAAAUAAAACGAAUUUAAAAAUGAUAAAACAUUUAAAGAAGGACUCCAAUUGCAAAGUUAGUGAUAUUCGGUCAGACGAAACACAAACAAGUAUGACAGAGUAUAUUUCAACAGACGUCUGUCUCAUAUUUCUGUGUCACCUUACAACGAGGAGAUCUACUGAAUGUGUUCUUGCAACCACUGCGUUAUUUUUCUGGAAAGUGAGCGCAUUUCCGGUAAAUUGUAUUUCAAGUGCUGAUUGCACACGGGAAAAUGGAGCGCGAAAAUCAAGAAGUGUCUCGACAAAUAAUGAAUUUGAUAGAGGAGAGUGCGAAAAAGAUUGGUUUAAGUUUGAUGGCAAGUGCUUCCAGCUUACGAGAGAGAUCAUGAACUAUAACUUAGCGGAUAAACAUUGCCAAUCUUUGGAAUCAGCACUAGCUAAUAUAGAAACCAUGGAGCAGAACACUUUUGUCAGGAAUCUGGCUAAUAACUUUGGCAUAUCUGGCUAUCUGUGGACCGGCGUGAAAAGGUUGUGCAAAAAUUGUACACGGACUGUGGCAGGUUAUAUGAAUUGGUUGCCAAAGCAACGGAGUGGCGUAAGCAAAUGUGUGACGAUGAAUCCAGAUGGCCUAUGGCAAGAUUUUGACUGCGCAUAUAUGUUCGCCUUCGUUUGUGUAAAAGUCCUGAGAGAGACUUACACAAAGACACAAUUAUUGGUCGCUCUACUUGUACCAAUCAUCUCAUGUCUCACGAUCGCGAUAUCAUUCACUGCGGUACUUUUGGUCAGCAGUGUCCGGCGGGUAAAUCAACCUUUUAAGGUGGCAAGCCGUUACCGGAGCACGAAGAAAGAACGUAAACCUACGACUUGGGUAAUGGUCGACAUGUUACGUCGAACUUCGCUAAGUCGGAGAGGUUCGCGAUUGAAACCACAGCGCGGUUCUGCUCCCAGUAUCGAGAUAACAAAAGCUGCUGAGGACAUAAACGGUAAAGUAGUCUCCAAUGGUGAGGACAAGAAAAAGCCUUGGUAUAAACGAGGAGGAAAUGAAAAUAAAAAACUCAAAGUCCCUGAGGAAAGAAGGCGGUCAAGCAACUCCAGCUCAACUGGAAACUCAAGUUUAUACGAACUGCUUGCAAGGCUCAACAAAAUGGAGUUUGAACCUCCAAUUGAAACAAGUUUCACUGAAACCGAUGAAGUAAAUAGUGCAGAAGCCGGUAUCGGCACGAUUGAGAAUAUACAAAUGAAACAGCUGAGUGAGAAUAAAAAUGGACUCAAACCCCAAUUCAUCGAAGAUGAUUGUGGACUGAGCGGGAGCGACAAGCAACUUGUUCAAAAGCAACAAAAUACUGAUGAUACCGUACACAGUCAGGUCUCGUUUCGAAACAUGGCUUUUAGAGAUUCCGUGGUUAGUGUUGAGGCAGACGGUAGCGGGAUAGCAAAGGUUAUUUCAGUACAACAGGUGAACCAAAGGGAUUCGAUGACAAAGUUGGAGAACAUACAAAAUAUCACGAGUGAAGCUGAACACCAUGAAUUAGGUUCACCUGAAAGCCCGUGUACUUCUUCACAUAGCUCACGUGGCGAAAAAGAAAAUGAAACAAGCGGAAACACGCAGACAGUGAGAGCAGAUGUGCAUCAAGUUUCCGAUAGUACGAUUAUUCCCGCUCGAAAUGGGACCGAUAAAAAACAGACCGUCAGAAAACCUUCAAAAGGCAAAGUAAUAUGGACAUAUAGUUUAUAGAACUAAUUUAUAUUUUAAAUAUAUUGUGUAUAAAUGAAUAGAAAAAUAAACGCAUUAAUUAUGAACGGAUAAAA